AUGGAUCAGGGGGUCGAUUCUAUCUUAUCUAGACUGAGUCGCAGCUCAGGUUAUUAUCAGAGAAAGACUGCCUACGACGUUAGCCUGAAGGAAGACUCUUGGCCGCAGGAAGCACUCGACCUUGUCUCUGGAAGCACAUCGAAGAUAGUGGAAAAGCUUGAGCCGUUAGUACACAACUUUCGGUUCUACUGCGUCUUGGAGACCAAGGUGCAGGGCAGGUUUCAGGGUUCUCCUGUGGUUAUCAAAUAUCGUGUUCCCAAAAAGGCUGCACUUCAGCAAGCCUAUUCGACGCCUGUCCUUCCAUUUGAUAUCCUCGCUGAGAGGCCUCCACAGCGGAAGCUCGAAUUGGCUAAGAUAAUUGUUGGGAAAUAUAGGCCGCUGGCUUCUGUCGUUUCCUUUGUUGGCGCGUUCAUCUACCUGGUCGCGAGCCCAUCGAAAUAUGGCGCUGCGAAAGGAAGCAAGAAGGGACGCUGA